GAAAGUGAAGGAGAGAGAAGAAAAGAAGCAAGAAAAGGACGACGAAAAAAAAGGCAAAAAAAAAAAAAAAACCUACAGUAAUGGCAAUAACCUUAUUUAAAAUUCCCGCGCUAAGGGAGGGCUCAGUGCCAUCUGGCGGCGGAAGUCAACAACUGGAUGUCAACAAAACCAGCUGAUUUUUACCACUUUUAUGAAGGAAGAAAUACGAUGGCGAUUAAGUAGUAUCAGUCAUGUGGGUCAAACCAGAGGAAGUGCUGAUGGCCGGGGGGUUCUGGGACACAGAAGGGGCCAACACAUACUUCCUUCUCCAGCAACGCAAGGGGUCUGGCAAUGCCUCCUCACGUGGCCUUGCUGGGCUCCUCAUCGGCACACUGGAUUCGGUUUUUGACACGAAGCCACCCCCUUUUCGGAUACUGCACCAGACCCCUUCUUCAGAGCUUUAUUACAUUGUGGCUGUGUCAUUGAAGAAGGAGGAAAUAGAUGAACACUGGGAAUGGUUGGAGAGGAACUUGAUGAGUAUCUUAGCGACUUUCGACAAAGAUGAAGACAUUACAGAUUUUGUGCGCUGCAAGGUGGAGUCCCUGGUGGCAAAUUCUACCAUUAUUGAUCCACAGAACACACCUGAUCCAGAUUCAGAAACGUUUAAGGCAGUUUCCUUCAAGUUUAAGAAACUAUUCAACAUGCCUGAAGGGGAGAAGCUUGUGAACUACUAUUCCUGCAGUUAUUGGCACAACCGCUUACCCAGACAAGGCUGGUUGUACUUGAGCGUAAACUACCUCUGUUUCUACUCCUUCCUUCUCGGCAAGGAGACUCGGGUCAUUGUGCGAUGGAGGGAUGUAACACUGCUCGAUUGCACCAAUGCCCUGAUCUUUCCCGACAGCAUUAGGGUCUCAACGAGGGAUCAUGAGCACUACUUCUCAAUGCUUUUGAGAAAGAAGGAAACCUAUGAACUCAUGGAGCAGUUAGCAAACAUGGCAAUGAAACAGUUAAUAAAUGAUGAAGAAUUUACAGAAGAUAAGGAUUUGUUGACCAAAGUAAGUAAAAAAGUACCAAAGAAACCAUCAUUCUUGAAAAGGGACCUGGAUGCUCGAGCUCAUUCGGACAUGUACCGUAGUAAAUUUAGAUUACCACUGAGUGAGAAACUAGAUGGUUCCACUACCUGUUCCCUCUGGACUCCCUACAAAAAGGUUUAUGUCAGUGGAACCUUAUAUAUUUCCCUCAACUAUAUCUGCUUUGACAGCAAGAUUGCCAACCUAGUGAGUGUGGUAUGUCCUUUGCGUGAUGUGCAAAGUGUAGAGCGUGUGGAUAGCGUAAAAGGAAACGCAACUGUGAAACGUGCUCUGUUCAUCUGCACAACACAGUCCAGCUCAACCAACUCCUUCCUCUUUAUUGAUGUCGGGGAUCGUGACUUUGUCAUAAACAAACUGUCUGAGAUGUUGGGCAAGAGUAUUCCCACAAAGAAUGCUCUUCCAGAUCACUUGUCCUUUGGAGGUUCUAAGGUCGGCAGUCGUUCCAACUCGGUCUGUGAUGACAGAAGUGAAGACAUCAGUCUCAGCAGUCUGAGUUUGGGCAGUACUGCUGAUAGCAACACCACUCUGGUGUCAGAAACUCCUGAAGCAGAGACUACAACCCUGCCCCUGAGAACUCUUUGUCCUGUCCUUGAUGAAGAUGUGGAAGAGGAAGAAAGAGUGAGAAGAAAAGAGCACAUUUGGGAGAGACACUGGGCAGAGUAUGGCCGAGGGGUCACCAUGUACAGGACAGUAGAAACAGCACGCCUCGUCCUGGAGGGUCUUCCAGACUCUGUGCGGCCUGAAAUAUGGAUGGUGUUUUCUGGUGCUAUCAACGAACUGGCAACGAACGUAGGAAGUUAUGAACAGGCUGUGGUAGCUGGCCUAAAGAGAGGAGGUCCUGCUAAUGACGAGAUUGAGAGAGACCUGCACCGUUCCCUUCCAGAGCACCCUGCUUUCCAAAGUGAAAUGGGGAUAUCAGCACUAAGACGUGUUCUCUGUGCUUAUGCCUGGAGGAACCCUGCUAUUGGUUACUGCCAGGCAAUGAAUAUUGUCGCAUCAGUGCUCCUUGUGUAUUGCAACGAAGAGGAGUCCUUCUGGCUCCUGGCAGCACUCAGUGAACGCCUUCUUCCCGACUAUUACAACACUAGGGUAGUCGGGGCUCUUGUUGAUCAGGGGGUGCUUGAGGACCUCAUUCUGGACCAUUUGCCUGGCCUUCACAAUAAGCUGUCUGAAUUAGGCAUCAUUUCUCUGAUCUCGCUCUCUUGGUUUCUUACUCUCUUCCUCAGUGUUAUGCCAUUUGAAGCAGCCGUUCAUGUGGUCGAUUGCUUUUUCUACGAUGGUGCACGUGUUGUAUUUAUGGUCGCCCUUGCUAUCUUGGAAGCAAACAAAGAGACACUAGAGAAUUGUGGUGAUGAAGGGGAAGCCAUGAUGGUCCUUUCUGAUUACCUAAGUUCCAUUACAAGUCCUGCGGCUCGUUAUGCCAAGCGGAGAUCGAGUGUAUCAGGAGACAAACAGGCCGAUUCACCAGAAAAGUUGGUCAACAUCACAGAAAUUAUAGAAGCCGCCUACACUGGCUACGGCUUUAUCACCAACGUGGCCAUUGAAAGACUCCGUGUGAAGCACAGGUUGCGUGUAGUGCAGACACUGGAGGACACGGUAAUGAGAAACACCCUGCGCACUGUGGGACCAGAUUGUAUGCUGGGGGAGGAAGAUCUCAAGGAAUUAGUGGUAUAUGUACGCAGUGAGCAGAUUCUAGGUGGAGAUGACAAGGAACUCCGUCAGCGAAAUAACUCAGGAAAUCCACUAAAUCAAGAGGGAUAUGCCUUAGGCUAUGAAACAUUCCGACAGCUGUUUCUGGCAGUCUCUCCCUGGGGACAGGGUGAUCGGGCAGAGACUUUAACAACAAGCAUGUUUAACAUGUUAGAUGUUGAUGGAUCCCAUGUCCUUAGUUUCCGGUCUGUGGCCUGGCUCUUUGGUGUCCUGUGCGGCAGAGACUUUGCCCGAAAGCUGCGAUUGUUCUACUACCUGCAUUUAGCCUUCCCUCCAAACAUAGACGAAGUUGAUAGGCCAAGAAAACCCGAGGAAAUAGAGGAAGAGGCAGCUGUGGAGGCUGAAGAAUAUUUCGACUUUAUGGACGACGGCCCAAAGAAGGGGAAAGUCGACCUGGAGGUACCUGAUGACACGGAUUCCCACACGACAGAGACAUCACCUAAGCAGGAAUACUGUGAUGCCUUGACAGGUCUGGCAACAAUACACAACCGUGACUACCGCAUGUAUGAGCAGCGGUUCUUACCCACCAUGAACCAGGAACAGUUUAUUAACAUGUGGCGUUCUGUGUACAGCUUCUUUGCCCUCGAGACCAACCAAGACAUAUUCACAUCGCUGUCAAGAGUUGGUACACUGUUGCUGCAGAUUGGGGAAGUCGGACGGAAAGUGAGAGAGUCAUCAUCGAAAUCCAACAGUGGAAAUGCUAGUGAUGUAGGAGAAAUGGCAUCAGGAAGUGACCCAGAACUUGACAAAACUAGUGGCAUUGUGUCAGACAUGUCAGCCGCAACCACUGUAGAGGGAGAGCCGUGGUGUUCACAGCAAGCCAACAAAGAGGUCUCUCAUGCCUCAGACAAGUGUUCGAGUAGCACCGCAGACACGCCAGAGGAACCCCAGAAGAGUUCAGGGGCUGAUAUAGAAGGUCCUCUCAGUGAUACAAAACAGGAAGAGGUUCAGGAGAAGGAGACACAGGACAAGACGGCCAAGGAGGGUGGACACUCCCCAGAUAACUGUGAUGAUUCGGGCCAGUCCAGCCGGCACUCCUCCCUCUCGCAGCCUUCCCAUCAAGAGUGGAGUAUAUCCUUUGAACAGUUCCUGGCCAACAUAGCCAAUGAGGAGAGACUAGUGUCCUUCUUCGAAAAGCCUGUUGAUUUAGCGCAAGAGGUACAAAAGUUAAGAAAAAGACAGGCGCUUAGCACUAAUGGCAUGAUUGGAUCAUUGGCAUCAUCACCGUUGUAAAAUUUUGUUUUCCAUAGACAUUUAAAUUAUAUUUAGAGCACUUGUAUAUGUAUAGUCUAUAAUGUUGUGAUUCAAGAUAUAUGUCUUUCUCAUGCUGAUCUGUAUAAUCAUUUUCUUUAGAAUGUACUGAUGAUGUGAUAUAGUUAAUCCUUGUGAAUUAAUAAAACAGAUGAUAAAUUAUGAGAUACUGAAAGUAGUGUAUGUAUGUGAGCACUAACCAUCUAUGUCAGUAAAACUUUUAGUUCACAUUGAAGAGAAGCUUUCAGUUUUAUUAGUUGACUGUGACUGAAAUUGCACAUGACAAAUCCUAAUAAUGUUACUGUAAUUAAUUUCAGGUAGGUUCUGUAAUGUAUGUUUGUCCUUGCCAUAUGUAUUCUUUGGUUGCAGUAUUCAGAAGUUAUUUCAGGUAAUGCCAUGUAUUUAUCUGUAAGGUAUUAGGGGGCAUUCAUUUUUCUUUUUAUAUGAUAUUGGUGGUUUUAAAAAAAUUGUUUAUUGUUAAGUGUGUAUGUAAUGUUAGAAUUAAUUUUAAUGCAUUUUUCUCUUUUAUAGAGGUUGGGUGCAGCAGUAAACCUAAUUUGGGUUUCCCUUUUUUUUUCUUUGUAAUAGGUAUGGAGCAUGCUAUUGCCAUAUCAAAUGUCAGGUCUGUUUUAAAGAUGGCAUUUUGACUAUUAAAAUGGUAACUAUUCCAAAUCACUAAGGAAGGCAACGCUGUUCAUUGAACUUCAUUAGUGUAUGUGGCCUUUAGUUACACUGAAACCAGAUAGGGACUUAUACAGAAAAACAGACAGACACACAGACAGGUAGGAAAACAGAGACAGAGACACAAAACAGACAGAUAGAGAAGUAGAUUGAUAGACAGAAGACAGAAAAUUAUGCCAUGGGAACUUGUUUGGUGCCAUGAUUUGGAAAUAUACUGAUUAUUGUAUUCUGUGAGUUAUGUAUGUAUUUUUAAUAAGCAAAUUAAAAGCUAAAAAUCUGAAAAAAAUGUAUGUGUAUAGACUUCAUAAAAGAAUUGAUUUAUUUUGUAUGAAAUUUGCCAUGAUGAAGGUUUUCUGCUUAUGGGGAAAGAUCAGUUUUGAAAUUAGUUUUUAUGAAAAACAUCUUACUUGCUCAUAUAUUAUGUGAAAUAUAUGGAAAAGAAAGAAAGUUCAUUGGCUUUGUGAAUGAACUCUGAUGUACUACUAAACAAAUCGAGCAAGUCACUGGACAGCAAAAUUCAUGGGGAGAUCUGUAGAAUUCAAGCAAGUUAGGUGAGCUCACGAGGGUGCUGAUGACAUGCAUCCUUCUAGAACACUGGGUACUCUGGCUUGUGUCUGUGGUCCCUAAGAAAGAACAUUUUUAAAUUGGAAGGCAGCAAUUUCCUUCAGUUUAUGACCAUCGUCUAUGAUAGGAGCUUUAUCAUAACAAAAUUGUCUAACCUUUAUUAAAAGCUCAUUCAAAAAGUUUCCAACCCUUUUGCAAAUUUUGAAGUGACUAUGAAAGGCUAGUCAUGGCUAGGUUCUGCAGUAUGGUAAUGCUCUUAAUCUUUUAUAAACAUUUUUCAAAGUUGACAGGAAAGGAAAAAAGUGAAGGGCGAUUUUGGGGGGAACUUUUAAAAUAUAUUACUGUAACUUUGCUCUAGAUUUUGUUUAGUAAGCAUUGGGUUUCAUCAGAAAUUAAUAUGCUGUUUAGUUUUUGAGUUUACUCAUUUUUUUGAAGACACUUUAUAAGUUCUUUAUGAAAAAGCAAAAUGUUCAAUAGAAAAAACUAACUUGGUAAUGCUGAUAUUCAUAAUUAAGCAUCACAGUAGAAACUGGUAUAACAUUCAACUAUUUCAUUAAGUGUAUAAUAAUAAUUUCUGUCAAAAACUGAUUUCUCCCUGAAGUGCAUGUAUACAUUCCCCAUCCACUGUGGUUUGUUUUAUUGAUUUUGAUUACACUAGAUGGCUCUAGAGUUUUUUUCUCCAAAUGAUUAAUUACUAGGCUUAGGUGAACUUGCUUGUUUAACUAAUUUCUUGAUUUUUGAAAUAGCAAUAGCAACAAUAAAAUAAUUGAUAAUGAUAUUAAUGGUAUUAGAUGUAAAACAGUUUUUCACAAAAAAUCAAGGAAUUGGGUAAAUAGUUCAGAUCAGUUGGGCUUUGUAACUGACUCCUUGGUGACUUAAGUGUUUGUGAAGUCAUCUAUGUGUAAACAAAAUUGGUAAAACAAAACUACUAUGAACAAUACAUGUAUCUGGCACUAAUUGAUUAAGAAACGAGAAUUUGAAUUUCCCAGUUGCUGUCUGAUGAUCUUAUGAAAAAUUACUAUAGGAUCAUUAUUCCCCAGAUUUCAUAUGAUGAGAUUUCAAAAUAGUAUAUGAGGAAUGUUAAUAAAAAAAACAAAAAAAAAAAGUAAAUAGUGGCAGAGGAAUCAUCCAUUGUGCUGGAAACAGAUCUCUUAGUGCUUUAUAUAAUGAAGCUCCAUCAAAAAGAUGCUUUUAACACAAGCACAACUCUUCAGUAGAACACAAAAUAGAAGCAAGCAGAUGUAGCGAUAUGGCACAGAGAGGCUGUGUUAUCUUUGGUUCACCCACCUAAUAUUGUUCACUUGUAGAUAGAAGUAUAUUUAUUUAGACCGUGUACCUUCUGUGAAAUACGGAGGAGACAGAACUACAUAACUGACCUUAACACACAUCAGUGUUUCUUAUCAUAAACAAGAUAUUUGCUCCUGUUCUGCUUCAUGAUGUGCUCAAAGAGUUGAUGGGUGAGUUCCUCCAAGUGUAUGAUUGAAUCUUAUAUUGUAUAAUUAUGUUGCUAGUAUUUAUCAUAGCCUCUCAACUUGACAUUUUGGACCUGAUGCUGACAGUUUGACAAUGGGCCAAGAAAGAUUUGUGGAUGAUAUUUAAAAUGAUUUUCUUUUCACUCAAUACAGGAUUUUGUACAUAUGAAAUAUAACAAGAUGACAUUCAUUAAAUAUUCAGUUUAUUAAUCAAAGGGAAUGAGUAUAAUGAAAAUAACACUUUAUUUAAUACAUGUAGGACAACUAAACCCUCCCAGAUAGGUAAAUGUUGCAGAAGAAUACUGAAUUUCUGUCUUAUUAUGUGUAGUAUAUGAGUUAGAUAUAUUCGUAAUAUAUAAAUGCAUAUAUUUUUAGUGAUACUGAGUUAAUAAUGUUCAAAAAGUUUUACUGUGGUGCUCAUCAGAUCAUUUUGAAAACUUGAUUGCAAUUAAUUGUGCUUUUGAUUACAGUCUUACACUAAUGGAUUAUGUAAAUAGAUUUGUAACAAAUGCAUGAUGAAUUCAGAAAUUAUUUUUGCCAUCUCUGCAGAAAAGAAAAACCUAGUAUGGUUGUGAUUAUACAUUGACAAACAAGUACUGAAAGAUCCUUUGUGUUGUGAAGAAAUGUAUUUACAUAUAUAUAUACACAGACAUCUCUAUUAGGUAACAUGUUUAUAAGUUGCAUACCUUGAAAGUGGGAGAAGGAAUAUGGAUAAUAUCAUUGUGUUAGAGCAAAUGUCAUGUGCCACAGAAUGCAGUUUACAGAUAACUCUGGUAUUUUACAAUUUGUAUAGUUUCAUGUGCCCCUUUGUCCUUGUCAUUGAAAAGAUGACAAUGACCAUGCAUAGAUUUUUUAGCCGAUUUUUACAUUUAUUCAUGUGAUUUGAGUUUUUGGCUGAAUUAUAUAAUACAGUUGUAUUUAAUUCUAUUCACUUAUGAUUUAUUUAAAAGUAAAGUAUUCUGUGAGUGUAAUGAUUGUCAAAAUUUUUCUUUAUGCACCAGUAAUUUUAUGAUAAUUGAUGACAGGUAUUGUUACAGAAACUGGGAUACUCGGAGUAGAUUCAUUAAUGGAGAAUCAUGAGCAUUUAUUUUUUUAUUGCAUAUUAGCUUAGAAAGAGGAAGAAAAUGUGACUGUCCAUAGUGACUUCAAUAUAAUAAUGUUCAUAUUUUGACUUAAUAUCAAUAAUGUCCUCAGUGCUUUUGAACAAAAGCAUUUAAAAUAUGUAGAAGUCUUUGGUCUGGCAUUUAAUGAAAUAAAAGUUUGUUAAGUAUAAUGCUUAAACUAUUCUUGAUUAAUAAGGCUUUUAAAUAUCUGAUUUACAAGGUUAUUUCCAAUCAUAUAUCUUUAUCUCUAAUAGUUUUAUGAGUGUGUAUCUGUGUAAGCAUGUGUAGGCCUGGUUUAUAAAGACAGUUUUUCAUAUUAAUAUGAAUAAUGAACACAUGAAUAAAAAGUUCCUUUUAUCUUUAAUACUAAAAUUUCAUAAUGGACUUGUACCUGAAAUUUUAGCAUGACAAAGCACUGCACCAUAAUAAAUAAUUGAAAAUAA